AUGCCGACCUUCACCCCAGGGCCACACGCACCGCCUGUCCUGACCCACACCCUUUGUGAACAGAACUACAACAAUGCACAACACGACCUGCGCCGCCCAGCCACCGCCACCACCGCCCCACCACGCCACGCCACGCCACCGUCACCGAAACUCACCCAUCGCCCCACCACUGUGCAGCCACCGCCACUGCCCUUCCACCGCCCCUCUACUGCCCUGCCACUGUCCAGCACCGCCCACCACCUCCACUGCCUCGCCACCACCACCCAGCCAUCGCCCCGCCACUGUCCACCAAUGCUCCUGUCACCCAACCAUCGCCCCGACACUGCCCAGCCACCGCCACUGCCCCUCCACCGCCCCGCCCCAACCAUCACCCCGAUACUGCCCCUUCCACCCCCUCGCCACUGUCCAGCACCGCCCACCACCUCCACUGCCCGGCUAUCACCACUCAGCCAUCGCAUCGCCACUGUCUACCACCGCCCCGUCUCGCCACCGCCCCGCCACUGCUCCAACACUCUUUCAUGGGACCGUCAUCCUCUCCACCUCACGUAUCCCAGCUCACCUCAGCACACCUCAGCACACGUCAACACACGUCAGCACACGUCAGAACACAUCAGCACACCUCAGCACACGUCAGAACACGUCAGCACACGUCAACACACGUCAGAACACGUCAGCACACCUCAGCACAUGUCAAAGCACGUCAGCACACGUCAGAACACGUCAGCACACCUCAGCAUACGUCAGAACACGUCAGCAAACCUCAGCACACCACACGUCAGCACACGUCAGAACACCUCAGCACACCUCAGCACACUUCAACACACCUCAGCACACCUCAGCACACGUCAGAACACGUCAGCACACGUCAUCACACGUCAGAAUACCUCAGCACACCUCAGCACACGUCAGCACACGUCAGAACACGUCAGCACACGUCAGCACACGUCAGAACACCUCAGCACACUUCAACACACCUCAGCACACGUCAACACACGUCAGCACACCUCAGCACACUUCAACACACCUCAGCACACCUCAGUACCUUCAAAUCUACUCUUUAUUACAUUCUCUAACAUCUUCUAG